AUGGUCGUGAUUAUUGAUUCACGAGCCGAUAUUGCUAACGAAAAAUUGAUUCUAGCCAAGUUGAAGUUGGUUUUCUCAAUUUUCAAAAAGUCGAAAAGUUUAUAACUUUUAUAAUUUUUUGCAGAAAAUAUCAUGUAGCUGUUUUGUCUCUUUCUGUGAUUGGUAUUAUUUUUCUUGUUUGGGCGAUUGUUGCGACGGCUUUGAAUAUCACAACAAAUCAUGUUGAGGUAUAAUUUUGGUCUAAAGUUCUAACAUAGCUAAUUCAUUUUCAGCACAUCACAGUAAUCCCAAAAACCAAAUCUGCUAUCUAUAAAGAAGCCGCAGUUGUAACCGACUCGGUUUAUUGCGCUGAGAUUGCGAGAAAUGUGAUAAUCCAAGGCGGAAAUGCGGUGGACGCGGCAAUCGCUGCCACUUUUUGUAAUGGUGUUGUUCUUCCAUAUGCCACUGGUUUGGGUGGCGGCGGAUUUAUGAUAAUUUACUUGAAGUUAGUUUGAGCUUCGAACAAUGAUUUCAUAUCUGAUUGUUUUUCAUAUUUUUACAGAGAUCAGAAGAAGUGCGUGUUUUUGAAUUCUCGCGAGACUGCGCCGAGCGCGUCAACUGAGAAGAUGUUUUCCAAUGAUCAGGAGGAAGCUCAACUCGGUGAGUUUAACUGGAAAAAUCUGAAGUCGUUGGAAAAAAGGUGCCCAAAUUCUUUUUAGGCUACAAAUCGAUUGGGAUUCCUGGCGAACUUCACGGUCUCUACACAGCCUAUCAAAAAUACGGCUCAAAAGUUGUGCCAUGGAGCGAUCUUGUAAUGCCAGCUGCAAAAUUAGCAAGAGGUUUUCCAAAUCAUAUAGCCAUGUUUGAUUAUUACGAUAGAAUUCAAAAAUAUGCGGAUAAAGAUGAGGUGAAACCACUGAAGAAAUUAUAUACCAAUAAAAUGACUGGAAAAUAUUAUGAGCCUGGAGAGAUUGUAACAAAUUAUCGAUUGGCUAAAACUUUAGAAGCGAUUGCAAAUUCAGCAGAUCCUAUUGAACUUUUUUAUAAUGGCGAAAUUGCAAAGGGAAUUGUUGGAGAGAUGGAUAUCAAUGGAGGAAUCAUUACAGCGGAUGAUUUGAAAACUUAUACAACUGAUAUUCAAGAAGCUCUUUAUUCAGAACUUGGAGGAUAUAAAUUGUGUGGACCACCACCACCAUCAUCCUGGGCAAUAACUCAAGCAAUUCCUCGAAUCAUCGAAAAACAAUAUAAAAAUCGUGAAUAUUUCAAUGAUGCAGAAUUUUACCAUAAAUUAAUUGAAGCAGAAAAAUUGGCCUAUGGUCAAAGAGGAAAUCUUGGAGAUGGAAACUUCGAUGAAAAUUCAAUUUGGCUUGCUAAUAAUCUAACCAAAGAUGAUUAUAUUCAAUCAUUGAGUAAUCGAUUGCCUGAUUCGCCAGAAGAUAUUGAUUAUUAUAUGAUUUCUGAUGAUCAAGCUGUUAAUGAUGCUGGAACUUCGCAUUCAAGUAUUAUUGAUGAUGAUGGAAAUGCGGUUUCAACAAGCACAUCAAUUAAUACAGCGUGAGUUUGAAUAAUCUAAAUUGUGAACUCAAGAUAAUUUCAAUAGAUUUCAAAUUUUUAGGUUUGGUUCAAAAAUGCUCUCUAAAUACGGUUUCAUUUACAACAAUCAAAUGGACGACUUUUCUACUCCAGAUUUAAUAAAUCAUUGGGGUUUUACGCCAUCAAAAACGAAUUAUAUAAAACCAGGCCGUCGUCCAAUGAGCAGCAUGAGUCCAACAAUUGUUUUCGAUUCAAAAUCUGGAGAUGUUCGAAUGGUGACUGGAGCAACUGGUGGCUCAAAAAUCAUCUCAGCUACUGCGCAAACUUUGACACGUGGCAUUUUGGUUAAACAAACUGCGGCGGAAAUUGUGGAAUUUCCAAGAUUGCACAAUCAAUUGACACCGUAUGAAACUUUGGUUGAAGUCAACUUUUCAAAGGUGAGAAGAUUUGGGGAAAACGUUGAAUCACAAGAUUCUGAAACUCUCCAUGUUCCAGAAAAUCGAAGAAAAACUUGCAUCCGAUUAUCAACAAAAACUCAAAGAAACAAAAGGAAAUCUAGCUAUAGUUUAUCCAAUCACAAAACAAAAUGGAUAUAUGACAGCAGCUUCGGAUUAUAGAAGAAAAACUGGAAACCUGCCAGCUGGAUAUUAA